AUGAGGUGGUUCUUGUCGGAGGGUCGACGAGAUUUCUUCAACGGCAAGGAGCUCUGCAAGAGCAUAAACCCUGAUGAAGCUGUCGCCUAUGGAGCUGCUGUCCAGGCCGCCAUUCUUACAGGCGAAGGAAGCCAAAAGGUUCAAGAUCUACUUCUUCUCGACGUCACACCUCUGAGCCUCGGAAUCGAGACAGCAGGUGGAGUGAUGACUGUUCUGAUCCCGAGGAACACUACCAUUCCCUGCAAGAAAGAGCAAGUGUUCUCGACGUAUUCAGACAACCAGACGAGUGUUCUGAUCCAAGUGUAUGAAGGAGAACGCGCAAGAACCAAAGACAACAACCUCCUGGGAAUAUUCGAGCUCAAGGGCAUUCCUCCUGCGCCACGUGGCGUCCCCCAGGCGGGUGAUAAUGGUAAGUCAAGAUCAUUUCUUUCAGUACAACAACUGAAAUAG